CUUCAACACAAAUUAUCAAAUUGAUUUGGAAUUAAGAUAUGUUUUUUUACUCAUCAAUGGGUAUUGAUUCAUUGUAUUAAUUGUUGAAUUGUCGCUCAUUAUUUGAUAGUUGAAUUUUUAAAAAAAAUCUUAACAGUUCAGUGGCUUAAAUGAAAAUUUUUAAAUAGUUUAGUGACUGUUUUGUAACAUUUUUAAAUUUAGUGACUGAAAUGUAAUUUACUAAUAGUUUAGUACCUGGGUUGUAGUUUACCCAAACUUAUUACGCCCUAAUUUUCCCUUCAUUUAUUUGAUUGUUUCUAUCAUCAUCUUCCUCCUACCAUCGUCCAUCUCUGCAAAUCAGGUUUUUUUUUUCUUUUUCAUCUCAGUUUUCACCCCCCGUUGUGUUCGCUGGUUUUUGCCGGAUCUUACCCGUAGCCCGUUUCGGAAUCCGUAUCGGAUCGUGUCGACAGGGGUACUGCGCCCCAAAUUGCGGAGUUCGGGUAACGAAAAUCGCGGGGCUAUUGUAUAGAGCUACAAUUAUCUGCUUUACAACUCAUGUCUGGACCAAAUGAAGAUAAUAAUACUCAGCUUUCAUCUCACAUUUUCGGAGAUCUCUUGGAUUCCAUAAUUGUUGAUGUUGCAUCCGAGUGUCAUCGGAUAGCAAAAUUGGGGCUCGACCGUAAUUUAGAGGAAGAAGAAGAAGAAAUGAGGUUAUCAGCUCAAGCCCGAGCAAGGGUAGCUGAUCCUAGUAAUAGCAGUGAAACAAACACCAAGUAUGUAGUGGAUAUAUUUGGACAAACACACCCAUCUGUAGCCACUGAAAUAUUUGAAUGCAUGAAUUGUGGGAGAUCCAUUGCUGCAGGGAGGUUUGCUCCUCACUUGGAAAAAUGCAUGGGAAAGGGUAGAAAGGCACGUCUCAAGGUUACUAGGAGUAGCACAGCUGCACAAAACCGGUAUUCGCGAGGCAGCCCUGUUUCUACCUAUUCUCCUUAUUCGAAUUCUACCAGCACAAAUCGGUUAUCGAAUGGAACCCCUAGUGUUGCAGGGGAGGAGUAUUCAAAUGGCACUUACGAGGAACCAUGGAACAAAACUUGAGCCAAGGCUUUUAACUUGUGUAAUGCAGCUAGUUAAAUUGAACUCAAAGCUUGUCUCUCUAGAUAGUUGAUAGCUUAAUUGGAAAAAUGGGAGGCAAUAUUUAAGAAGAAUGAUUCAACUUGCAGAAGCUUUUUUGAUUCCUUUGAAUUGUAUGUUGCAUCUAUCAUUUUCAUUUUUCUUGGUCUGUGUUAAACUGCUAUAAAAGACAAGUUGGGGAAAAGUAAAGAAGUAGAGCAGGGGCUGAACGAAAUUGACAUGAGAGCAUCUGUAAAGUCUCAUUGCAAUUGAUUCUAUUGUGUUUAUGUGGACGGCAGUAUAUGUCUAUUUCUUAGA